AUGUUCCUCUCACUGAAGUAUAAGUAUCAGGUGAACGUUAAGGGCACAGUGGCUCCUUACAGGUUCCCUUAGCUGAUGCUGGGGAACAGCCUGGUGCUGAAGAAGAAUUCACCAAAUCACUUCUACACCCACCUGAAGAAGCCAGGCACCCACUACAUCCCUGUGAAGAGGAGCUCUGACCUCAUCCAAAAGAUUGAGUGGGCAAUGGGGAAUGAUGAUGAAGCACAAGCGAGCAAAGCAGGCCAGACGAUUGUACGACAGCUCGUACAACCUAACAGAUUCUACUGUUACUAUUACAGUGUGCUACAGAUGUACUCUGAGCGUCAGACCAACAAGCCCACACUGCAUCCAGACAUGAAGCGGGUUCCCCAGCCAUCCGACCAGAGUGCCCUUUGCAGCUGUCAGCAAGAGCCUCAAAGAGAUGAUCCCAGCCUGGAGAAGGAUGAACCCUGAUCAACACUGAAAAGAAAGGGAAGAGACACUAGCUAUUUCAAUACAGAAAGUGCCUUGGACUUCUGCUUGCUUGUUGAUGGAGAUUCUAUGCAAUGAAGAAGUACUGUGUGACCAGGACUGCUUAGUGGAUGUACCAACACUCAUAUAGAUGAUCAAAUAUUAAAUGUGGUUUGAGCCAAACAGACCUUGUCACAGCUCACUUUACUGGGCCUGCUCACUUUACUGGGACUGUUUUAUUGACGAGACCAUUAUGCGGAAGCAUCUGUUUUCACUGACCUGAGUGAUAUUGCCAUAUAGAUUGGUUUCUUUUUGGACUCUUCUGAAGCCACUAUGAUUGUGCAAUUAAAUGACCUAUUUUCUUCGA